AUGUUGUCUGCGCAGAGGCCCGGGGCCCAGCGGAGGAAGAGACGGCGGCCGGGCGCGAAGGGUGCGGAAAGCGCCGGCGAGGCCCCAGCAUGGCCGCGGGGCGGGCGCAGUGAGCAGAACGGAGGCCGCCGGGGCGGGUCGGCGGCGGGGGAGGGGCUGGCGCGGCGCCUUCUCUGCUUCUCCGCCCCGCUCGGAAGCGGCCUCCACACUCAAGCUUCGGCCCCCUCCACUCCCCACCCCCUUCUCCUCCUUCCUCUUCCUCCCACGGGCUCCUGUGUCACCUCCCUGCCUCCUAGGCCGCGAGAACCUGCAGCGCGCAGCGAAGACACAGGAGGAAGCGCUGACCGCGGCGGCUGCGGCAUCCAAUAUGGCGGACGCGGUCGAGCCGCGCACUCGGAGUCGGCGGCGCCAGCCAGCGCGCCCCCUGGCGACCAGGCCGCGCGAGGUCCGCGGCCGCGCCAGACCAUAGAGACGGCGUGGGCCAGAGCGUCUGGAGUCGCUGCGGCGGGAGCCGGGGACCCGGGGCCCUGGGCUGUCCUCAUCCCCGGCCGCGGGAGCGAGCGCUGCGGCUGGACAGAGGGGCUCCGGGUGGCCGAUCCCGCGGAUGAGCGCCGCUCUGGAAAAAAACAAAGUGCAAGGGAAGAGACCGAAUGGAGGAAACUACGGUGUCUCCGUUGCCGCUUCCGGAUGGAGAUGGGUUAUUCCCAAGGAAUUUGACCCCAGGUUAUCGGAGCAGAGGGAUAAUUGCGGAUUUUAGGAUCCAGACGUGCUAACUGUGAAACUGCUUCGUGCUUGCUUAAAGUUAAACCGGGGCGGGGGAACGAUUGUUCCCACUGAACGUUCCCACAGGAGAACCCUUGGAGACACUACCUUUCCCACAGAAUUUCAUUCAAGGAGCUCAAAGGCCAGGAAAUAUUUUUAAAAGGCACCAUCCACCUGGAGGGCAUC